UAACACUUGUACAUUUAAUGACGAAGUCAGUCGUUUUUCUUCUGGGUGUUACCGUCCUACCAUUGACCGCAAACUAGUGGUAAUAGAUUUAUUGAGGUAGUCCCUCUAUCAUCUUCUUCAUUCUCAAGCUACAAGCAAGAGUUAACAGCAUUUUGACAAUAUCAUAUCUCUGCUGAGUUUGUUGUAAGAAAAAAGAAUGGCUGGGAACACUCCAUGUUGGUUUGCGCUGGCCGCAAUUUUCGGCGCCAUCUUGUGCUUUUCGUCACCCGCGGAAGGACUGGGGACGGUGUAUGAUAUCGACGUCAACAAAUAUGUCGGAGUCUGGUAUAACAUGUAUACAAACUUCUGGGCAGACUCAUUCGCCGGUACAGAUGGGGCAGAAUGCACAACAGCUGAAUAUGGGAAGAUCUCUGAUACCAACGUGACAGUGUACAACGCUUACAGCGUACGGGAGGGUCGCUCAGACACCAUUGAGGGUUAUGCAUGGAUACCUUUCCUUGUCGAACCAGGACGACUGCUAGUCAGACUCGAAGGCGUACCUCUCGCAACCCCAUAUUUUAUCAUCAAACUCGGUCCAAUCGUCAACAACCAGUACGAGUACUCUAUCGUCUCCGACCCCGCAGCCGCAGCGCUCUUCGUCCUCGCCCGUGACCCCGAGACCUUUGACAUGAUGUACGACGCCGAGGUCAGGGAAUACCUUCUCGUGACGGGUUUCACAACUCCACCGACGCAACCAGUCCGCGUUUACCACGGGAAUGACUGCCGAUAUUUUUCUCCAAGAGCUUAAUAAACAACUUAGACAAUAUUAUGAUAAAAUUGUACAGGAGACGAACCUCAAGCAAAACGUUUAAGGAUGGUACGUGUAAUAAUCAUGUUAUCCCAUUACUAUACGUUCCAUCGUGUAGAUAAGACUUUAUGAAAUAAAAUAACAAAAUAUUUUCAUGCCCUACAAUAAAAUUUUAUCCUGACGAUACGAUACCACUCUGUAUUAUAUUGCGCGCUGAAGACCGCGCCAGUCGUUGG